AUGCGAUGGGCCAAGAAAAUCCGCAACAACUAUCACUCUGACUGUAUGGCUGUCUUAAAAACGAUAACCAGCAGAUAUAGGGUUUUUUUUUCCUCUGAAGAAAGCGUCCUUGCAGAGUUUCGAAAUUUGACCUUUGAUCCUGGCCCGGGAAACUCUCACAGCUCAAUAGCCUAUCAGAACCAGGUGUCAUACAGGGUUGUGAAACGGAAGUGUGGCGUCUCAUCCUCCCCAAGUAUUGAACACGAGCUGGCACAUCAGAUCAAGCUAUUGGGCAACAUUGUCCAAGAUUCUUCUGCACUUGGAAAAGUUGGAAUGCGUUCCAACCAAGGCCCAUCUGUCUCCAAUCGUAGCCAUUGGCUUCCUGGGCAACCAAAUGCUCUCGAUGGGGAAGACAACUCCACGAGAAAGCAACUGGAAGAGACCCCUAUGGAUUUUCUCAUCUCCAACCUUAUGGAGUUCCACAAGGAGCCAUCUUUUCGCAAGAGAAUCGAAUCUCAAUUGGACAACAUGGCCACUUGCUACCACCUCUGCCGCUUGACCCUUAAGGGCCUGCCUGGAAAGCAAGUUGUUAAUUAUUCCUUCAAGCUGACAGAAUCUGCAAGGUCUCGGCAGGACUUUCUGGAUAUACUUGCUGGCCUUUGUCUUUUGGUGCCUACAUUGGAUAGUUGCAACAAAAGUUUUCGCAAUAACUACUAUGAUCAUGCUGAUGGAAUCAAGAAACUGCGGGACCUUGCCAUCCAAAAUGCGUUGAACCAAAGGCACAAGGAGAAAGAUAACUGUGCCAUUAGCACGGCAAUUCUUUCCCUAAAUAAGCUGUCAUCAUCCCGAUGGACCCUCAACGGUCAAAUAGGAAAAGACAGAGGUCGGCAAUAUGUUCUCCUUCGUGCUUUUGUUUUUCAAUCUUGGCUUCAGAGUGCCACAUUGGAUCAUCUCCGACUGGUGGUACUGGCUGGUAUUCACGGUGGCCCACAGAAUAUUCCAAAAGAAUUAACAAGGUCCAGGAUUGCCGCUUCGGACCAAGUAGCAAAAACAAUUGAAAGUCAAGGUGUUCUAGAGUCCAUCGACACUGACUUUCUUGCCUUGAAUGUUGAAAAGAGAAAGAAAUUCACCAUGUUUGAGUCCAAUUCGAUAUACAGCCCACCAAAAGAAGUAGUCCAUGUUCCCCCUCUUAGUUUACUCCCCAAUUCAACCCCUACUCUGGUCGAAACUUGUGACCAUACUGGAACUAAGCUACUAAAACUUUAUGACGUUGCCAGUAAUGAUGCUUUGUGGAAGGCUCUGGAUCUUCGGAUGGCAACCAACCAAGAUGUGUCAUCAAUGUUCACAUCUGUUUAUCAGAUGAACUUACCUGAUGGCUCUGAAAUCCUUGCCAAUCUGGCAGCAAUGGAAUGCUACAGCACAGGCCGUCUUCACGAAUUUCGGCAUGGACGCUGGACGGGAGAACCAAAUCAACUUCCUCCAGACCGUGCGGGAACCUUCCAUUUCAUUGGUGCCUCUGACCAACGAUACAUCCACCAAAACAAUCACUUCAGUGUUGUUCGUCGUGAUGAUCCCAUUUUCAUACGUCACCGGCAACAUGCAGCAGUUGGUGGAUCGGGAAACGAUCUUGAAGACCUUUGUCAAAUGGCACGUGCUGUCGUGUACUAUUGUGGAAAGAAGGGAAUCAAACCUGAUCUUAAACGCUCACAUGUGGAGUCUACAGAUUGCAUUAUUCCAGCUUCACACCAAUACCGAAUUGAUGUGGGAUGCAUUGGGCAAGCCUAUGAUGGCAAAGACGCGCCAAAAACAGUUGUUGGAAAAGAUUUUCUGGAUGAAAUUGAAAAAGACAAGAGGUUCAAUGUGGAUACUGUAAGGCACACUAUGGGGCACACGGCACUACUCUCCUGGCUGUGCAUGGUUGAUCUUCAAGAGGAAGCAGGAGGUCCACCACUAGCUCCGGACAAAAUCAGAUAUGAACAGUUUGCCAAGCCUCUCCGGGAUUACCUGGGAAUUGAAGGAAACACUUUCCGGGGCGAAAACAUUACAGUGGUUGUUGGUGUUCUAUCACCCAAUCAUGACGGCUGCAUAAAGCAUUUUGACCUUCAAAAUGAUUGGCGUCCUGGCUACGACCGAACUGGUGCCUUCAAUGCUGUUGUUGUUGACAAGGGGAAUACGAUGGCACUCCAUAUACAGGUAAUUGUAAAUUUCCGCCGAAAAGUUGGUGACCACACUCAACAAUACAGUAGAGGAGCUCGUUACUGUGGUGCCAACAUCAAUACUUACAUUGGCACCUUGAACCAGAACUAUGUGUCCAUUUUUGAAUCCACAACACGGAAUCCACCCAGUGCCUUUGAUCGCCAAAACUUCUAUCUUGACGAUCGUCUUAAAUAUGAGGAUACUGUGAUUCACUCAACAAAAGAGCUUACUAUUACAAAACCAAUGAUCAAGCCCGUCAUUGGUCCCUCUCGCAUCUUUUCCCUCUCCAUGUUCAUUGAACCCAUUUUCCUCCUUAAAGACACAUUGGCAUACGAUCAGCUUUUGGAAUUAUGCUUUGCUGCCACCUUUUCCAACAACCCAUACUGGUUCCAUCACAUACUAAUGCAACUUGUCGACCUCCAUAAGAGUAACAACGAUUCAUUCCAGUUCAGUGAUCAUCCAUUCCAAGAUUGGAUGCUUGCCACAAUAAAAACAUUCUCUGUGGACUCGGAAGAUCAAAGAGGUCAGUUCAAAUGGCAGAAUAGUGUGGAUAAACGUUUCUCUCCCUGUGGUGGGAAUCUUCCAGUUGCCUUCGGUUGCUAUCCUUCGGUACCAAAGGAAUUGAAAAUGAAAGGAGCAGAUAAACUGAAUGAAAUAGUCUCUGUACUUUUUGACUAUUCUGACUGGAUUGACGGUCUUGCCAAUUGUGGUCAUGGUUGCGAUCCUAUCCAUGACAUGCCGCUAUUGGAUGUAAAGGCUAAAAUGCAGUCAGUUGUCGAUGAUAUUGCAAACAAGUGGGGGGGAUUGGUCCAGAGUGGUCCACACCUGAGACAACUUGCAUUCCCUGUAAAAGGUUGUGCUUCCUAUAAUCAUCUAUCCCAAACAAAUGGAGAUUCACCUUCUGAGACUGUUCUAGGAAUUGAUGAAAAAGAUCAUGAUCGUUGUAUGCAGAUGAUUGCAUCAAGCUUUGGUCGUCGCUAUUACCGUGAUGAAACAGAAACUCUGUUGUGUGAAUCAAUGCAUUCACGGCAUCUUCACGUCAGUGACUGGUUCAUAAAAGGUGGGACACUCUAUGAUAUAACAGAGGGUGGCAUUGUUUUAUUCAAAAGGCAUUGCGAGAUUGUCCGGCAAAUGCUUGGGGACAUAUCUAACACUGUAUCAGAGGGGAAUUACAAAGUACGAAUGCCCUUUGGUUGGGAGGCUUCACAUAAGCUACCGGCCCACGCCCAUGAAGAUGCCUACUUCUACCGAGUUGGAGACAAAGAAUACAAAUCGGGGACUGAGUUUAAGACUAUGGAUGAUACCAAUGAUCCCACCAACAAGGUAGCUGCUGGCAAAAGUAUUGUCCAACUGGGGCCGUCCUACGAUAAAUUAUUUGACUACUUCCGUGACCUUGGGUUUGAUUUUGGGAUGAUGACAUCCCGUAGGGGUAGUUUUACCUCUCCGAGGGCAACCAUCUUUGCCAGACAUAGAGACAAAGACUUCUUCUCUACUGGAGUUGCUUUCUUGCCCAUCGCUGAAACAUUCUGGACUGUGAUUGCAGGGGUAGCUGAUAGCAAUGAUCAGUCCAGGGAAUUCUAUGAGGAUUGGUUACCUAGCAUGAUGAAUGAAGAAAGGAAAUCUAUCAAUCUGUUUUUGAAUGGGUUUGGAGAAGUGAAGUCAAUAUACAAGUGCGACAAUUGUGUAUCUUCACCAAACUUGUACCUGCCUUCUACCCAUAAUCCAGUUAUCCGCCUCCUGCAAAUAGAGUAUAUGAACCAUUAUCAUUUGGAAGGGCAAUACAAAACCGCUGGAACCUAA